CAGCUGGGGCAUGGAGCUUCAACAGGUGUCUUGAUCGCGAAGCUGUCUGGUCUUGGUUGAGCAAGCUCUCUGUCCGCACCACAAUCCGCCCGUCAAUUGCAAUUGACACCUCACACAACCUAAGCCGACAGAGCAAACAUGGUACUGCUCAGAUCCGCCGCCUCGGCUGUCCUGCUCCUAGCAGCUGGCGUCGCCCAGGCCGCCACGGCCUGGACUUUCGACGAUGCCUCCGUCAGUGUCUCUGCGAAAAAGGGCGGGGACCCCGUCAAGGAGAAGCUGAGCGCAAUGUCGCCCCUCUCCAAGAGCCUGCGCCUCGGCAGCGCCGACUCCCUCAAGGUCAUCCUCACGACCAAGGACGGUGGCAAGGCUAAGCGGCCGCACCAGGCGUUUGUCCUCCUGCAGGAGCCCGAGACCGGUCUCGAGGCCCCAUUCCCGUUCACCGUCAAGGAGAACGGCAAGGCUGUCGUUCAGAUUGCGCACAAGGACGUGCCCGAACAGCUCCUCAAGUCGAGCAAGCCCGUCCGCGCGUCCAUCGUGAUCGGCUCCUUCGGCUCGGCGCAGGGCGUUGUAGCCCCCGUGUUUGAAGUCGAGCUCGCCCAGGACGCCGCGGUGCCGGCCGCCGAGGCGGACGCGCCGGUCCGCUACGCCAAGAAGCCAGAGAUUCAUCAUGUCUUUCGCGACGACCCCCGCUCGCCGCCCAAGAUCGUGUCUCUUGUCUUUGCCGCUGCCGUCGCGGCCACUGUGCCGAUCCUGUUCAUCAGCUGGUCACUCCUUGGCGCCAACCUAAACCACCUGCAAAAGGCCCUCGGCGCUUCGCCUGUGUCGCACGCGACCUUCUUCGGCUCCAUUCUUGCCAUGGAGGGUAUUUUCUUCCUCUACUACAGCGGCUGGACCCUGUUCCAGGUCCUCCCGCUCAUUGGCGUCGUCAGCGCCGUGACCUUCCUCAGCGGGAAGAAUGCUCUUGGUGAGGUCCAGAGCAGGCGGCUGGCCGGCGAGCGAUGAUGGUGGGGCACUUGACUUGCCGUCUGGGAGAAUGGAUAAAAUUUGGGGUUGCCUAUAGAAGCUAGACGACAGCUCUGUCCCAAGGGAGUUUGGUUCGUCUGCUAUGUGCUGCUGAUUUACGUAGUUGAUUGCCGGCCUUAUCUGCGCUGACACGGCAGGUAAUAUCACGAUGGUGAAUAAAGCCCCUUGUCGCAACUGAGCCCAGCGUACUCAACUGCAAUCAAGUUGAAGAUGAUGAUCCGGCCUUCUCUAGAUAUUUCGGUGCAGCUUUCGGCAGAAGAUCCAAGAGACGUGCGCCGACUGCUGCAAGGACUUCAAACUGCUUUUCAUUCUCGAUGUCUUGACGGUGCUUUGGGUUUGAGCCAUACCCAGUUCCAGAUCGACGGACAACAAGGCAUGCCGAGUAUCAAUAGCAAUCCAUAUCACAUACCUGUCACCAUCAAUAAAUAAUCACGCCCACCACAAAAGAAUGGCAGUCUUGAAGAUUAAAAUGGGAAUAACACCAGGAACAACACUAGGAACGACAACAGGAAUAAAAACAGGAACAAUAAUAGGAAUAAUAAUAAGAAUAAUGAUAGCAAAAGGAAAGAAAGUAUUUAAAACACGAAAACGU